GCUUCUGACACAAGACAGGACUAGUUCUGCUUUUACUAGUGUAAAAAGAAAAAACAUUAAAAUCUGUGACAUCUCACGUGCUCUCUCUCUCUCUCUCUCUAAUUGGAGUUUGUAUCCAAAUCCACGCGCCUUUUUCCUCUCUCUCUCUCUCUCUCUCUCUUUCUAGAUUAAUCAAAGCUGUUUCAAGUUUCACUUCGCCUUUCUCCAGAUCCGUCCUCGGAAGCUCCGUAGUGUUUGCAGAAGAGAUGGGGUUUAUCUCGAGGAGUGUUUUUCCAGCGUGCGAGAGUAUGUGCGUUUGCUGUCCUGCUCUCAGGUCGAGAUCUCGACAGCCCGUUAAGCGCUACAAGAAAUUGCUCGGUGAGAUCUUCCCCAAAUACCCUGAUGGUGCACCAAACGAGAGAAAGAUUGUUAAAUUGUGUGAGUAUGCUGCGAAAAACCCAAUCCGUAUCCCCAAGAUUGCCCAGUUUCUUGAAGAGAGGUGUUACAAGGAUCUUCGAUCUGAACAGAUGAAGUUCAUCAAUAUUGUCACUGAGGCUUACAACAAAAUGCUUUGCCAUUGCAAGGAUCAGAUGGCGUAUUUCGCUACAAGUUUGCUGAACGUGGUUACAGAACUACUUGAUAAUUCAAAGCAGGAUAUACCAACCAUUCUUGGAUGCCAAACAUUGACAAGGUUCAUUUACAGUCAGGUUGAUGGAACUUACACGCACAGCAUUGAAAAAUUUGCUCACAAAGUUUGCUCAUUGGCUCGUGAAGAAGGUGACGAAUAUCAAAAGCGUUGUCUGAGAGCAUCUGGCCUGCAAUGCCUCUCAGCGAUGGUGUGGUAUAUGGGGGAGUUUUCGCAUAUCUUUGCUGCUGUUGAUGAGAUUGUACACGCCAUUCUUGACAAUUACGAGGCAGACAUGAUCGUUCAGACCAAUGAAGACAGAGAAGAGCAAAAUAGUAACUGGGUUAAUGAAGUGAUCAGGUGUGAAGGCCGAGGAACAGCAGCCAGCGGUUGUAAUAGCCCUAGCUACAUGAUUGUCCGGCCGAGAACUGCAAGAAAAGAUCCGACUCUAUUGACUAAAGAAGAGACUGAGAUGCCCAAAGUUUGGGCACAGAUCUGUCUCCAGAGGAUGGUUGAUCUGGCUAAAGAAAGCACAACUCUGCGUCAAAUCUUGGAUCCUAUGUUCAGUUAUUUCAAUUCUAGACGCCAAUGGACUCCCCCAAACGGGCUGGCCAUGAUAGUUCUGUCUGAUGCAACAUACUUGAUGGAAACUUCUGGGAGUCAGCAGUUGGUGUUAUCGACUGUUGUACGCCAUCUUGACAACAAGCAUGUUUCCAAUGAUCCUGAGCUCAAGGCUUAUAUCAUUCAAGUUGCUGGUUGUCUAGCAAAGCUGAUCAGGACCAGCUCGUAUCUUGGGGACAUAAGUUUCGUUAAUGACUUGUGUCGGCAUCUGAGGAAAAGCUUUCAAGCGACAGCUAGAUCAAUUGGAGAUGAGGAACUCAACUUGAACUUGAUGCUUCAAAACUCUAUUGAAGAUUGUCUGCGGGAGAUAGCCAAAGGAUUUGGAAACACACAGCCACUGUUCGAUAUGAUGGCUGUUUCACUCGAGGGUCUUCCUUCUUCAGGAGUUGUUUCACGUGCAGCGGUUGGAUCACUGUUGAUUCUCGCUCAUGCAAUGUCUUCAGCGUUAUCGCCAUCUAUGCGUUCACAACAGGUUUUCCCAGACGCACUUCUUGAUGCGCUUCUAAAAGCAAUGCUGCAUCCAAAUGUGGAAACCCGUGUAGGAGCGCAUGAAAUAUUCUCUGUAAUUCUCUUGCCAAGUUCUGGUCAGUCUCAGGCUGGACUUGCAUCAGUGAGAGCUUCUGGUUAUCUCAAUGAAUCCAGGAACUUGAGGAGCGAUACAACCUCUGCGUUCACAUCUAUCGCUGCUCGAUUAGAUAAGCUCAGAAAAGAGAAAGAUGGCGUCAAGAUUGACAAGAACGGCUAUAAUAAUCAUACUCAAGAGGAUCUUAAGAACUACAAAUCUUCCCCAAACUUUCACAAGUUGAAUUCCAUAAUUGACAAGACUGCUGGGUUCAUCAACCUAGCUGAUAUGCCAUCAAUGAUGAAGUUUACCGAAGAUCAAAUCGGACAAUUGUUGUCUGCAUUUUGGACACAAUCCACUCUUCCCGAUAUUUCACCUUCAAACAUUGAAGCUAUUGCUCAUUCAUUCAGCUUGGUGCUUCUUUCCUUGCCACUUAAGAAUCCUGAUGACGGGCUUGUUGUUCGAGCCUUCCAGCUUCUCUUCUCACUGAGGAAUCUCUCUUUGGAUCUUAACAACGGCACAUUACCAACGGUUUGCAAGCGGUUGAUCCUUGCUCUAUCUACAAGUACUCUGAUGUUCGCUGCUAAAAGAUAUCAAAUUCCUCAUGUUUGCGAAAUGUUGAAAUCUCAACUUCCUGGUGACGUAGAUCCUUAUCUCUUCAUUGGCGAAGACUUACAGCUUCACGUAAGACCACAUUCAAAUAUGAAAGAUUUUGGGUCCUCCAUCGAUAGCCAGAUGGCUACUUCGAUGCUGUUUGAGAUGCGAAGCAAAGUAGAACUGUCCAACACUAUCAUAACCGAUAUUGUGGCAAAAUAUCUAUCUAAACUUUCCAAGCUCGACGAAGCUGAUGUGAAGAUGCAACUCUCUGAGCCAUUCACACCUGAUGAUGCCUUUAUGUUUGGAUCACGGCCUAUCGUUGAACAUGAACCAAACCAAAGUAUCUCUAAGGAAUCGCUGUCCUUAGAUGAGGAGAUACAUGCAGGUUCAAUGGUGGAGGACGAAGUGACGAGUGAACUCUCUGUCCGAUUUCACCCAAGAGGGUCUCCUUCACCAUCUGUUCCUCAAGUUAUCAGCAUUGGACAGCUUAUGGAAUCGGCGCUUGAGGUGGCUGGUCAAGUGGUUGUGUCAUCUGUCUCUACUUCUCCGCUUCCUUAUGACACAAUGACAAACCGCUGUGAAACCUUUGGGACUGGGACGAGACAGAAGCUCUCAAGGUGGUUGGCCACCGAGAACCGCCAGAUGAAUGGGCUCUACAGAAAUUCACUGGAGGAAUCAUCUGCACUGGAGAAGGUAACAGAUGAUGGGAGCAUCUAUGGGAGAGAAUCUGGUGUGCUGCAGGAUUCGUGGUCCAUGAUGAGUCUGCCUCCAGCUAGCCCCUUUGACAAUUUCCUCAAAGCCGCAGGAGCCGGAAGAUGAUUCACUUGACUUGAUGAUACUUAGUCUCUGUAGAAAAAGCAGAAUUACGUGUGUGUAGUGUAAUCAUAUUGUUGUUAUUGCGUUUGUAGAGCUAACUAUCUAGGCCAAGCACGAUGCUUCUCUUCUCUGUUUAAAAACAGACACACCCUUGUAAUGAUCUUCUAGAAUCAGUUAUUAGUAGUAGUUCAUUUGGACAAGAAUCUCUGUUAUUGUUGUUAUGAUUAGUGCUAGAGAACUUUUUCUUGUGUCAAAGACUUAUUCAAUUCGAAAUCUUAUAAAGCUUUUACGGAAAAUUUGAAGUUCGAUCAAAAACUGUAUCCAGGAUCAAUAAAGAUCAUCACUUUAAAGGCCAUAACUUAUGCUAAUGACGGUGAACGAGACCGAUCUUAAACGAUGUCGUUUUCGUGUAAGGCGAAAUGGGUUGUUCUCUUGUCUCCUUUAAAUUUGGGGUUUUGCUUCGUCGGGGUUUAUGAAGGGCUUUGAUACUACUAAUCUUCGCCUACAGGCUUCUUCACUUUCUCCAGAAUUCUUCAAUGGUUUCUUGCCUAAAAGUCAAGCAGGCGUAAAUAACCUUAAUUUCAGAAAUUGUCACCACAGAUCUUCCUCUGCGGCCAUGUUGAAGCUCUUCUCUUCCACCGCUUCCCGAGUCCACCAUUUGACUCCGGCAAUUCGGGUCGGGUCUCGCUCAGUGGAGUCUCCGUUGUUUAAAGCUCUGAGUCAGCUCACUGGGUUGAAUCGGCGAUCUACCUCGUUGGGUCACCGUGUUUUCUUCUGCUCCGAGCCCACCGAUGGCGCGUCCGACUCAGAAGCCGCGGCUGAGGUCGAGGCCAAGGCAGCUGGGUCCGAUUCCGAGGGGUCUGACUCCAAAUCUUCAUCAGCGAUUGUGCCCACUAAUCCUAGACCCGAAGAUUGUUUAACGGUUUUAGCAUUGCCGGUGCCGCAUAGGCCUCUUUUCCCUGGUUUUUACAUGCCAAUCUAUGUCAAGAUUGAAGCGUAUCUAGCCUUAGUACUAGAGCCGAUAUCUUCUUUUUUGGAUCCUAAAGUACUUGCAGCUUUACAAGAGAGCAGGAGACGACAAGCUCCAUAUGCAGGAGCGUUCCUUCUGAAGGAUGACCCGUCAAUUGAUUCAUCUUCAAGCACUGACAUAGAGAAAAACAUAAAUGAGCUAAAAGGGAAAAAUUUACUUGACCGGCUUCAUGAAGUUGGCACACUUGCUCAGAUUUCAAGUAUCCAAGGGGACCAAGUUAUCCUCGUUGGUCACAGGCGACUCCGCAUAACGGAAAUGGUGAGUGAAGAACCACUGACCGUCAAAGUCGAUCAUAUUAAGGAUAAGCCGUUUGACAUGGAUGAUGAUGUCAUCAAGGCUACAUCCUUUGAAGUUAUUUCAACGCUUAGGGAUGUCCUAAAGACAAGUUCACUAUGGAGAGAUCACCAUAUAGGUGAUUUCACUUAUCCACGAUUAGCCGAUUUUGGAGCGGCAAUAUGUGGUGCAAAUAGGCAUCAGACUCAAGAAGUUCUUGAAGAACUGGAUAUUCACAAACGUCUACGGUUGACGCUGGAAUUGAUGAAAAAAGAAAUGGAAAUUAGCAAGAUUCAGGAAUCCAUAGCAAAAGCAAUUGAAGAAAAAAUUAGUGGUGAGCAACGCCGUUACUUGCUAAAUGAGCAGCUCAAGGCUAUAAAGAAGGAGCUUGGUGUGGAGACAGAUGACAAAUCUGCACUUUCUGCAAAGUUUAAAGAAAGGAUUGAGCCUAACAAGGAAAAAAUUCCACCGCAUAUAUUACAAGUCAUGGAAGAAGAACUUACAAAACUUCAGCUGUUAGAGGCGAGUUCAAGCGAGUUUAAUGUGACCCGUAACUACCUUGAUUGGUUGACCAUAUUGCCUUGGGGAAAUUACAGUGAUGAAAACUUUGAUGUUGUACGGGCUCAACAAAUUCUUGACGAGGAUCACUUUGGCUUAUCAGACGUAAAGGAAAGGAUACUAGAAUUUAUUGCGGUUGGAAGACUUAGAGGCACUUCACAAGGGAAAAUCAUCUGCCUCUCGGGACCUCCUGGAGUAGGUAAAACUAGUAUUGGUCGUUCUAUUGCACGUGCUCUUAACCGCAAGUUUUUCCGGUUCUCUGUUGGAGGAUUAGCUGAUGUCGCUGAGAUCAAGGGGCAUCGUCGAACAUAUGUUGGCGCCAUGCCAGGAAAGAUGGUGCAAUGUCUAAAGAGUGUGGGGACAGCAAAUCCUCUUGUUCUAAUCGAUGAGAUUGAUAAGCUUGGAAGAGGCCAUGCUGGUGAUCCAGCCAGUGCUUUGUUGGAGCUUCUGGAUCCAGAACAAAAUGCAAAUUUUCUGGACCACUAUCUCGACGUUACUAUUGACUUAUCAAAGGUUUUAUUUGUGUGCACAGCGAAUGUGAUAGACAUGAUUCCAAAUCCUCUGCUAGACAGAAUGGAGGUGAUUAGUAUUGCUGGGUAUAUCACUGAUGAGAAAGUUCAUAUCGCAAGAGACUAUCUGGAAAAAACCGCACGUGGAGAUUGUGGCAUCAAGCCUGAACAGGUUGAGGUGAGUGAUGCAGCUCUUUUAUCCUUGAUAGAAAAUUACUGCAGAGAAGCGGGUGUUAGGAAUCUCCAGAAACAGAUCGAGAAGAUUUACCGGAAGAUUGCUCUUAAACUAGUGCGCGAAGGAGCAGUCCCAGAAGAGCCUGCAGUUGCAGUUAAUACCGAAGAAGCUGAAAUUGUGGUGGAAUCCCCAGAGAACGAUGUUGUAAAAGAAAACAGUGUGUCCUCUGCUGAAGAAUCAAAGGAAGAGGUUCAAACCGAGAAGAAAGUGGUUGAAAAGGUUAUGAUUGGUGAAUCAAACCUUGCAGAUUAUGUAGGCAAACCUGUUUUCCAUGCGGAAAAGAUCUAUGAGCCCACACCGGUAGGAGUUGUGAUGGGUCUAGCGUGGACAUCAAUGGGUGGUUCAACAUUGUACAUAGAGACAACUGUUGUGGAGGAAGGGGAAGGUAAAGGAGGUCUGAAUAUAACGGGUCAGCUCGGUGAUGUCAUGAAAGAAAGCGCACAGAUAGCUCUCACAGUCGCCAGAAAGAUCAUGCUAAAGAAAGAACCAGAGAAUCACUUCUUCGCGAACUCCAAGCUCCAUCUCCAUGUUCCCGCAGGAGCCACACCCAAGGACGGUCCAAGUGCAGGCUGCACCAUGAUCACAUCAUUGCUAUCACUUGCCAUGAAUAAACCUGUUAAAAAAGAUCUUGCAAUGACCGGAGAAGUCACUUUAACCGGUAGAAUUCUUCCUAUUGGUGGGGUGAAGGAGAAAACCAUAGCAGCGAGGCGGAGUCAGGUGAAGACUAUAAUAUUUCCGGAGGCUAACCGGAGAGACUUUGAAGAGCUGGCGGAGAAUGUGAAAGAAGGGCUUGAUGUUCACUUUGUCGAUGACUAUGGAAAGAUCUUCGAGCUUGCCUUUGGCAGUGAUGAACAACAAGACUGAGAUAACACUGAAGUCACUUUGACACUCUUCCUCUGUUGUCUUCUCCAUCUAAACAAGAAGACCAUUCUUGAUUCUUUGUGUUUCUUUUUACUCUACUUAUUUUCCUUCAAGAGGAAAUUGAUUCUGUUACAUUUUUUUAUGAUUAGGGUAGUUUAUUUAUGUGGUUGGGUUUUUUCUUUUGGUAUAUAACCAUGAAACAUCAAAUGAAAUUAUUUUUCAUUUUCUGUUGCACUCCAUGCCGUUUUCAAAUAAUA